UAAAUUGCUGCUCGGACUUUCUGAAUCACAAUGUACAUGAUUGACGUUGCUUCCCACAAAAGAUCAAGUAAUUGCAGUAAUUCAGUCUUGAAAAUGGGAGCGAUGCGUUAUGUCGCUAUCAUAUUCAUUGGUGUCUUAGGAUCUGUCGUUUGUUCAGAAGCUCAACUGCAGCUGGGUUUUUACUCUAAGAGCUGCCCAAAAGCAGAGAAGAUUGUUCUAAACUUCGUCCAUGAGCACAUCCAUAAUGCUCCGUCGUUGGCAGCUGCCUUCAUAAGAAUGCACUUCCAUGACUGCUUUGUCAGGGGUUGUGAUGCAUCUUUGCUUCUGAACACGACGUCGAGCAACCAAGCUGAGAAGUCUGGCGGUCCAAAUCUAUCGCUGAGAGGUUUUGACUUCAUUGACAGAGUGAAGAGCCUUCUUGAAGCCGAAUGUCCUGGCAUAGUUUCUUGUGCAGAUACAGUUGCUUUGAUUGCAAGAGAUUCUGUUGUGGCCACUGGAGGGCCAUUUUGGAAAGUUCCAACUGGUCGAAGAGAUGGGACAAUCUCAAUGGCCUCAGAAGCGCUGGCCAACAUCCCACCUCCAACUAGCAACUUCUCCAACCUCCAAACACUCUUUGGUAACCAGGGUCUUGAUUUAAAAGACUUGGUCUUGCUGUCUGGAGCUCACACCAUUGGCAUUACUCGUUGCUUAUCCAUCUCUAACCGACUCUACAAUUUCACUGGGGUGGGAGAUCAGGACCCAGCUCUGGACAGUGAAUAUGCUGCCAAUCUCAAGGCAAGAAAGUGCAAAACUCCUACUGAUAAUACAACCCUUCUUGAAAUGGAUCCAGGAAGCCACAGAACAUUUGACCUUAGCUACUACAGUCUCCUGCUAAAGAGAAGGGGUAUAUUCCAAUCAGAUGCUGCUUUAACUACAAACCCCACUUCCAAGUCUUAUAUCACCCAACUGCUUCAAGGACCGCUUGAAGAUUUCCACUCCGAAUUUGCCAAGUCUAUGGAGAAAAUGGGUCGGGUCAAAGUUAAGACCGGGACAGAGGGCGAGAUAAGAAAGCACUGUGCAGUGGUUAAUAGCUGAGUUAUUUUCUUUUUUUUUUCUGGGUUAUUUAGUGGGUUAAAUUUCUUGGUUGUAAUCGUUUCAUAUCGUAAUUUGGCGUGGUUUCCUCGUAAUGUUGGGUGAAUAAAUAGGUUUUGUUCUGGUGUCCC